CAAACUUUGCAAAGAGGCGCGGGAGGCGGCGGCGAGGCGGCGGCGGGGAAGGCGCGCGGUCUCGGGCCUGGGGGCGGGGGCGGGGGGGCGCCCGGGAGCCGAGUGGGGGGCGGCGGCCAGCAUGCGGCCCCGCAGCGCCCUGCCCCGCCUGCUGCUGCCGCUGCUGCUGCUGCCCGCCGCCGGGCCGGCCCAGUUCCACGGGGAGAAGGGCAUCUCCAUCCCAGACCACGGCUUCUGCCAGCCCAUCUCCAUCCCGCUGUGUACGGACAUCGCCUACAACCAGACCAUCAUGCCCAACCUUCUGGGCCACACGAACCAGGAGGACGCGGGCUUGGAGGUGCACCAGUUCUACCCGUUGGUGAAGGUGCAGUGCUCCCCCGAACUGCGCUUCUUCUUGUGCUCCAUGUACGCACCCGUGUGCACCGUCCUGGAGCAGGCCAUCCCGCCGUGCCGCUCCAUCUGCGAGCGCGCGCGCCAGGGCUGCGAGGCGCUCAUGAACAAGUUCGGCUUCCAGUGGCCCGAGCGCCUGCGCUGCGAGCACUUUCCGCGACACGGCGCGGAGCAGAUCUGCGUGGGCCAGAACCACUCCGAGGACGGCACGCCCGCUCUGCUCACCACCGCGCCUCCGCCGGGCCUGCAGCCGGGGGCCGGAGGCACCCCGGGCGGCCCGGGUGGCGGCGGCUCUCCCCCGCGCUACGCCACGCUGGAGCACCCGUUCCACUGCCCGCGCGUCCUCAAGGUGCCGUCCUAUCUCAGCUACAAGUUCCUGGGCGAGCGCGACUGCGCGGCGCCCUGCGAGCCCGCGCGGCCCGACGGCUCCAUGUUCUUCUCGCAGGAGGAGACGCGCUUCGCGCGCCUCUGGAUCCUUACCUGGUCCGUGCUGUGCUGCGCCUCCACCUUCUUCACCGUCACUACGUACCUGGUAGACAUGCAGCGCUUCCGCUACCCGGAGCGACCCAUCAUCUUUCUGUCCGGCUGCUACACUAUGGUUUCGGUGGCCUACAUCGCGGGCUUCGUGCUCCAGGAGCGCGUCGUGUGCAACGAGCGCUUUUCCGAGGACGGCUACCGCACGGUAGUGCAGGGCACCAAGAAGGAGGGCUGCACCAUCCUCUUUAUGAUGCUCUACUUCUUCAGCAUGGCCAGUUCCAUCUGGUGGGUCAUCCUGUCGCUCACUUGGUUCCUGGCGGCGGGCAUGAAGUGGGGCCACGAGGCCAUCGAGGCCAACUCGCAGUACUUCCACCUGGCCGCGUGGGCCGUGCCGGCCGUCAAGACCAUCACGAUCCUGGCCAUGGGCCAGAUUGACGGCGACCUGCUGAGCGGCGUGUGCUUCGUGGGCCUCAACAGCCUGGACCCGCUGCGGGGCUUCGUGCUGGCCCCGCUCUUCGUGUACUUGUUCAUAGGCACGUCCUUCCUCCUGGCCGGUUUCGUGUCCCUCUUUCGCAUCCGUACCAUCAUGAAGCACGACGGCACCAAGACGGAGAAGCUGGAGCGGCUGAUGGUGCGCAUCGGCGUCUUCUCGGUGCUCUACACCGUGCCCGCGACCAUCGUCAUCGCCUGCUACUUCUACGAGCAGGCCUUUCGAGAGCACUGGGAGCGCUCGUGGGUGAGCCAACACUGCAAGAGCCUGGCGAUCCCGUGCCCGGCACACUAUACGCCGCGCAUGUCGCCCGACUUCACCGUCUACAUGAUCAAAUACCUCAUGACGCUCAUCGUGGGCAUCACGUCGGGCUUCUGGAUCUGGUCCGGCAAGACGUUGCACUCGUGGAGAAAGUUCUACACCCGUCUCACCAACAGCCGGCACGGCGAGACCACCGUGUGAGGGGCUGCCCCAGCGCCGCGUCCCCGGGGCGGGCCCCAGCGCGGGGCUUGCCUCUGCGGGGGGUGGGGGGAGGCCUCCUGUUACAGACUCCUUAUUUUAUUUUUUUAAAUAAAGAACAAUCGAAACCAUUUCUCUUUUAGGUUGCUUUUUAAAGAGAACUCUGUUCAACACCCCCAUCAGGUUUGUAAUUAAAACUGUAAAUAGUCUUGUAAAUUUAAUUAUAUAUUUUCUAUUUAAACGAAAAACGGAAAAAAAGAGGGGGGAGCGGCAAGGGGCACCGGGUCUGAGGAACGAGGGGAGGGGGCGUUGAGGGGGGUCCUCUCCUUUCUUCAGUGCCCCUUUCAAACACCGUCGCCUACUUUGGUUCGAAGUUUUUGGUGUUUUGGCAGGGCUGGGCUUCCUGGAAGAGGUGUUUGCCGUGAGGAAUUGGAAGUUGGUUACAUUCAACUCCCAAAGCCAAAUUUGUGAGCCUUCUCACUGACGCUGGGCCUGUGGAAGCUGUUGGGUGUUUUUGAACAAGACUUGGAUUCUUCUUGUUUUAUUCCCUUUCUCUCCCCACAUGUCCUGUCUCCUUCACUCGAUUUUUGGAGCACUCCCAAAAGAGAUGAAGACGUGUGUGUGUGUGGGGGGGGGGAACCUAACCCAGAAAGUGAGAUGGGGUGCAGAAUGGCCUACUCCCCACUGGCCUACCCUCCUGCAGGCUGGAAGAUCUUUCUUCUCUUUGACUUUUCUUCUUUUCAGCUUGCUACCCCAAGCGCUUGGAGUGGGCAGAAAGUGCUUUGUAGUGCUUUGUGACUACCUUGAGUACCAAUCCUGACUGUCUCCAUUUUUAUGGGGAGCGUUAGCUCGCAAAUGUUGGGGUUUGGAGAUGCCCGUGCGUCUCUCUCCUUCCCCUGUAGUUGGCUCCCUGCCGCUUCCCCCCCAACCCCCCAGCCGAAUAUCUUCCCUGGCAUUCAGAUUAGAAGUUUGUAGGUUGGUUCGUGUGUUAUGUGUAGGUUUUUGUUGUUGGGGUUUCCCCCCCAAAAAAAGCAAUAAAAAUGGGUUGGGUUGGAGGGAGGGGACGGAUGGGCUGGUGGGAUUUUUAGUUUUCCUUUGACAAAAGACUGGUUUCUUUUCAAACUUGUCCAGAAAGAAAAAAAAAAAAAAGUGGGUAUCCUUGCUUUGGAAGAAGGCUCUGGGCAGGCUCUUUGUGACUGUGUGUGGGGGGUGGGGUUGGGUGUUUACAUGACAUUCUAUAUCACAAGAUUGAUAGAAUGUUUAUAACAGAUGUUUCUUAUCUUCCCCCUAAGCUCCCCAAAAUAAAAGGCAAGACUUUUCUUAAAGUGUCUUUAACGCUGGUAUGAGAAUUGCAGUUUCCAAUACACAUCAUUGCCCUCAACUAUUCGGAAUAUUUUAGAAUUUUAAUUCCAAAGGAUUGAUUUGAAGACCGAGGGGUAGAGUGGAACCAGUGUCACACAGAACUCA